CGAAUCAUAUCAAUCCUAUGUAAUCGAGGGUUGAAAUACUUGUAGGAAGGGUGGUGCCGACGAACCGUGGAUUGGCGGGGAAGGAACGUCCCCAAAAAGUGUUUCCAAAUCCAUCAAAACCCACAUGGCAAGGACAAUCCCCAUGCUGCUUGACACCUAAAGGUAAAAAACUUGGGAGGAUCCAUAGGUAAGAUUCGGCCCUUCUUUUUCUCUCCACUUGCUGUCUCUCUAGAUUUCAUUAUUCCAACUCUUCUCGUGCUCCAUUAUUACCCUAGCACUUCAAGCCUUUUCUCUAUAUAAGUCUUUGUGUCGAUCACCACGAAGAAUCUCAUAAUUCCUUUCUUUCCUAUCAGUCCGUCCUGCUUUGAAAGAAGGUCGACUUCUAUUUUACUGUGUACAACACCUACAUCCUGUCAGCAUAAGAAAAGGUCUAGUUACCUGAUCCAGCACACAAAAUGAUGAUCGGUAACGUCUACUUCAUUGCGGCCGUGUCCGUGGUGGGUGGUGCUCUUUUCGGUUUUGAUAUCUCAUCUAUGUCCGCUAUCAUCUCCACAGAUGCAUAUUUGUGUUAUUUCGAUCAAGGAGGAAUGGUUGAUGGUAAAUGCACGGGUCCAACUCCAAAUGUUCAAGGUAUGGAAUCAUUUUCACUCUUAAUUGAAGUUUAUCAAAGGCUAACCGUAUACAGGUGGUAUCACCGCUUCUAUGCCUGCUGGAAGUUGGCUUGGAGCUCUGAUCUCUGGUUAUAUCUCUGAUAUUCUCGGUAGAAAGAGGGCCAUUCAAAUCGGUUCUGUCAUCUGGUAAACAUUUCCCGCUUUCAUAUUUUGCAUCAAGAGCUGGCCUAAUCAAGCCUGUAUAGGAUCAUCGGUUCAAUUAUCGUCUGCGCUUCCCAAAACAUCCCUAUGCUUAUUGUCGGACGUAUUAUCAACGGUCUCUCGGUUGGAAUUUGCUCUGCUCAAGUUCCAGUCUAUAUCACAGAGAUCGCACCACCAUCCAAGCGUGGAAGACUCGUCGGUUGCCAACAAUGGGCUAUCACCUGGGGUAUUCUCAUCAUGUUCUAUAUUUGUUACGGAUGCUCGUUCAUCAAAGGAACCUCUGCUUUCCGCAUUCCAUGGGGCUUGCAAAUGCUUCCCGCCGUCUUCCUUUUCUUCGCUCUUUUUUUCUUGCCUGAAUCUCCACGUUGGCUCGCUAGAAAAGACCGUUGGGAAGAGGCUCAUCAAGUCUUGUCCCUUGUUCAUGGUCACGGUGACAGCAACUCCCCAUUCGUCGCUAAAGAAUUGGCAGAGAUCAGGGAAGUUGUUGAAUUUGAGAGAGCUAACGCUGAUGUUACCUACAUGGAGUUGUUCAAGCCCAACAUGAUUAACCGAACACACAUUGGUAUCUUCACACAAAUUUGGUCUCAACUUACUGGUAUGAACGUCAUGAUGUACUACAUUACUUACAUCUUCACUAUGGCUGGUUUGGGUAGCAAUGUUCUUUUGCCUUCCUCGAUUCAAUUCAUUAUCAAUGUCGUUAUGACUGUUCCUGGAUUGAUCUGGGUCGAUAAAUUGGGUCGUCGUCCUGUUCUUUUGUUUGGAGCUUUCUUCAUGAUGAUCUGGCUCUUUAUCAACGCUGGUAUCUUGGCUACAUACGGAACAGUUCCAUACCCAGGUCAGUUCUCUAGUGCUGCUGAAUCCAUCUCUAUUACUGGAGCACCAUCAAAAGCCGUCAUUGCAUGCACAUAUCUCUUCGUUGCAUCCUAUGCUCCAACAUGGGGACCGGUUUCCUGGAUCUACCCACCUGAGCUUUACCCUCUCCGCGUCCGUGGAAAGGCUGUCGCUCUCGCUACUUCUGCCAAUUGGGCUUUCAACUUCGCCCUUGCAUACUUUGUCCCACCUGCGUUUGCCAACAUCAGAUGGCAAGUAUAUAUUGUCUUUGGGGUAUUCUGUGUUGCUAUGUUCCUCCAUGUCUACUUCGUUUUCCCAGAAACUAGUCAGAAGCCCCUUGAGGAAGUUGAAGCGAUCUUUGAUUAUUCGACUCCUGGCAGUAUCAGGUUCUUGGGCACACCAGCCUGGAAGACAGGUGUUGAUAAACGUGCAGGACGCUUAGAAAGAGGAGAAUUUGAUGUGGAGGAUAAACUUGGUUCUAGUGUUGCUCAUCAUGAUGAUGCUAUACCAGUCAAUGAGGUUUCUAAGUCUGACUUGUAGGUGAGACGGAAAAGGGGCAUUGAUAUGUGGAGGGAAUCAGAAGGAAAGCUUGGAGAAGCUUAUUGAGAGAGCCGGUACGAUUUAAUGAUGGUGUGGCAUUCAUGAAUGGAUUGCAAUCUGUUGAUUGUUAAUUUGCUUACAGACUUGCUUGAAAUGAGAAUGUAGAUGGAUGUACGAAAUUAUGGAAUGGCGAAUAAUAAUGAAGGGAUUAUGUAAAAGGAAAGAAGAAUUGGUGGAUUAUUGAUACCCAGAUAUGUAUUUAAGAAUGAAAUUCAAGAGAUUAUGUCUUGGUACCUUUUUCAGUCUUGU